AUGGGCGGCGGGUCCUGGGUCGUACAGGAAGGAUUUCUUCUCUGUAAGCGAGACGAAGAUGUAUUAACGUCUAACGAGGUUACUACUAAGCCAGUUGGCAAUGUAAAUGGACUCACAGAGCUUUACGUGGUGCUCACGAUGAAUCGCAAGCUUGAGUUUUUUGAUUCCAGUGAUGUCGAGACGCGCAAUAAAGUCGAUGGAGCGUAUUUAAUUGGUUUUGGUGCAUGGGACGGUGAUAGUCUUUAUAAAGUGGACUCGUAUGGACUUGAGCUUAAAGUAGAGCGUAAUGCGAAGUCACGAAUGCAUCUAGCAGCAUUUAAUCGCGUAGAUCUUGAGAAAUGGUGUCGAGGUUUUAUGGCAGUAUUAGAUCCUCAGAGUGCAGCUGGGGAAGAGGUACGUCGCGAGCGACGGCGUGUGAAAAAGGAGGAAAAAAGAGUACAACAAGAGAGAGAAGAACAGAUUCGUAAAUGGAAGGAGAAAAAAGCUCGAAUGAUUAAAGAAGAGCAGGACCGACUGUUGGCUCGAGAGGAGGAGAUUAAUAAUAUGACACCCUUAGAACGUAUUGAUGAUAUUGGUUCGCUGGAUGACGACACGGUUCGAAUGUUGGAGAAAAGAAGACAAAGACUACAACGUCGACAAGCGCCAACUAUGGGGAGAGUCAAUAAAGCUGCUUAUCGACGACGUUUAGAGGAAGCUGCAGGAGGAAAGACGGAAAAUGUACAGCCGCUACAUACAAAAAUGGUGGAGCAAAAGGUCAAAGUUCGCGUGGAAUUGCCACCGCCUGGACAAUUUUUCGAGGUUGGUGGUGUGGUACAAACGGAUCCACUUGUACGCUUUGGGUCUUCGGAGAGCGACAUGUCGGACUGUUCUUCAAUGUCGUCGCGACUUUCGUCUGUCUCAUCAUUGACAGGAUCUCGAUAUGAACACAAUGGUGGAAAUCUACCUCCUCCACCACCCCCACCACUCUUUCGGGCCGCCAGUAGUUCACGUAUGAAUUCUCUAUUAUCUAGAUCGAAUAGCAGCGCAUCAUUGGAUUCUUUCGUUUUUGGUCACGAUGAAGAGUCAAGACCAUCUCGUGCGUCCUUUUCACAGACCAGUCAUCGCAGCUCUAAUCCAGCGAAAAAGUAUCAAAAUCGUCAGGACAAUUUGGCUGCUAUUUUGGGGGGUGAAAGACCAAAUUUUGGCUCUCGAGCAGCUCGAACGAGUGGCCGGCGGGAUUCGUUUGGAUCAAUAACGAGCGUGAUGACUAAAGCCUCAUAUGUACCUGAUCGGAAGUCAAAAGUGAUAGCUCAUGCUUUGGAUGGAGGUACUAGUCCUAAACCAGCUGGACCUACGAUGGCAAACGCGUUUGCUGCUAGUCUUGCUGCCAUUCGACGAAAUCGUGCAGAUACGGCGGAAGAAGGAGGAAUUAUUAGUAAUGUGUUGAGUCCAGUAGCAGCUAACGGCAAGGUUCGCAGUCGAAAGCGUAAUUCUCAGCUCAGUGCUGAGGGAAAAGAAAUUCUCAGGAAAGCAAUGGCUCAAGAGGAAUCGCCAAAGGCUAAACCCAAGAUUAAUGGUGGUCGCAGGGGGCUGUUUGAUGAGAGUAGUAGUGAUGAGGAUGAUCAGUCAGACACUGGAUUGUUUGGUUUGGGUGCAAGGAAGAGUAAGGCUAGAAAAGACUCGUUUCGCGCUUCUCAAAGCUUUCGAUCCAGCGACUUGAGUGUGGAACUACGCCCCCAAUUGACAGAGAAGAAAGUAUCUGCUCCAUCAGUGAGCAGUGAUUGUGUAUCAAGUGACGAGGAUUUAGAUCAUGGAUCUUUGUUUCUCAAGCAGCCAACGAUUAAAAGUAUCGCUACCACUAGUGCUGGAGCUGGUGGAGCCGGACCCAGCAUUGUGGUGCUCUUCACGAUGUCUGCGUUGCGCAAUGAAGGCAAAAAGUCAGUCGCUGUUUAUACAUUCACUUUUCAAUUUGGAAACUUGGAACACACGAUCUCCUACACGUACUCAGAGUUUGAAGAGAUUCAUGCUCGACUGGUACAAGGUCUUUCUGGAGUGACAUUGCCAAAAUUUCCAUCCAAGCACCGCUUGCGCAACAAUACGAAGCCAGAGAACAUAGAGAAACGAGCUCAGGAGUUUUGUUUGUAUCUACAGCGCUUAGUGACCAUGCCCAAUGUGCUUUUCAGCGAGCAGUUUCAGUUCGAAUACCAUAUUGAUGGUGCCUUUGCACGUGCCUUGAUGAACGGUCAAAAGCCGAGUGGAAAACCUUUUAUGGGUACUGAACUUAAUGGACGUCCUCCAAGGAGCUCUGUCAGCUCUCAGUCAAGAAUGGAGCAAUCACUGUCGCUUUCUUCGUCUCGAAUUAAAAGUCCUUCACGUCAAGCUACUAACGUGAAGGCAUCAAAUGGACUUUUUGGCUUAGCUGAAUCAAACUCUGACCCAGAGUCAGAUUCGGAUACAUCUAUCGACACUCCUCAGCAGGUGGUACGACAGCAGCGACGAGAAUCUGCAGCUUCAUCAACACAGCGGAGAAAAUCAAACUUCUCAAGCAGUAACAUCAGCUUAAAUGGUGAAAAUACUCAACGUGGUAAGAAAAAUCGAUCACGGUCACGUUUAAGCUCUCGUGCAAGUUCAGGAACAAGCUUUGCACCUUCUGCAGUCCCCCCAAUGGCAAAUAUACCAUCCGGACGUCCAAAUCCGUUUGCAGGUGGUCGUGGUGAUUUGUUGGCGGCUAUUCGACAGGGAGCUCAGUUGAAAAAGGUGGACUCGACAGACGGAAGCGUGUCCAGUGUAUCGAGUACUGCACCGCCAGCUGCAACACAGCCAGGUUCUAUCAACGAAGCCAUAACGAAUGCUAUGGCAAUGCGUCGCAUUCACGUCGAGUAUGAAGAGACCAAAUCGGACGUUGAUUCGGACUCGGACUCAGACGAUUGGGAUUAA